UGCAAUUAUCAGUUUGUCUACUGGUGAUGUGUAUCUAAUGCUGCAUUAUUGUCUACAGGAAAGACUGAAAAUGUCAAGUGGUUCAAUUCAAUUAUUGCGUGAAUUUGAUGGUUUUCCCUUUAAUCCUUUGUUGGAUGCAAGCUGGAUAGCUGAAAUCCCCGACUAUCCUAUUUCUCCAGGUGAUCUGUACAUUGCCACUUAUCCAAAAUCCGGUACAACAUGGACACAACAGAUUGUAUCACUCAUACAGUGGGGAGGAGAGAAGGACACUCAUAUCAGUUCUGAUAUACCAUGGCUGGAAAGUAUAGGAAAAGACAGUGCAAGGGCUCUUUCACCUCCUCGUACUCUAAAGACUCAUCUACCAUAUGACAUGAUGCCUGGAAGAGAUCCUGCUAAUUCUAUUGGCAAGUACAUAUAUAUUGCACGUAAUCCUAAAGAUGUGGCUGUGUCAUUGUACUAUCAUGCAAAACGUUAUGCUGCUUUUCAAUUUACUGGUGACUGGGAUUGCUUUUUUGAGCUGUUUAUGAAAGGAGAGGUUUCGUGUGGACUUUGGUUUCAUCAUAUUUUUGGCUGGUGGGAGCAUAAAGAUGCGAAAAACAUUUUGUUUUUAAAGUAUGAAGAUUUGAAGAAAGAUCUGCCUGCUUCAGUGAAGACUAUAGCACAAUUCAUGGGUUGUAGUCUUGAUGAUGCAAUGAUUGAUAAAAUUACUAAACAGAGCACAUUUGAGAGCAUGAAAGAUGACCCACUAGCUAAUCUACCAUUAGGAUUCCCUGUUGUCAGCGGUUCUACACCUUUUAUACGUAAAGGAGUGAUUGGUGACUGGAAGAAUCACUUUACUGAUGAGCAGUCGACAAGAUUUGAUGCUGAAUAUACUAAAAGAAUGUCAGGAACUGGUUUAGUUUUUGACUUUCAAUGAUAUUGCUCAGGCUUACAGCUAUAUAUACAGUAUUUUCUCUUGCAAUUUGCAAGUUUAUAACUUAAGCAAUGAGAAGCGUCA